AUGGCCGAAACGGCUCCCACCGCCCCGGCCCCCGCUGAGAAGACUCCGACCAAGAAGAAGGCGAAGAAGCCUGCGGGCGGGGCGCGGCGCAAGGCUGCGGGGCCCUCGGUGUCCGAGCUGAUCACCCAGGCCGUGGCGGUGUCUAAGGAGCGCAAUGGGGUGUCUUUGGCCGCCCUGAAAAAAGCUCUAGCCGCAGCCGGCUACGACGUGGAGAAGAACAACAGCCGCAUCAAGCUGGGGCUCAAGAGUCUGGUCGCCAAAGGCACCUUGGUGCAGACCAAAGGCACCGGAGCCUCGGGCUCUUUUAAGAUCAACAAGAAGGCGGCCGGCUCCGAAGGCAAGGCCAAGCCGAAAGCCAAGAAAUCGGCUGCCGCCACCAAGCCCCAGAAAUCGGCCAGCGCCGCCAGGAAGCCCAAGAAGCCGGUGGCUUCAGGGGCUAAAAAGAGCGUGAAGAAGACCCCGAAGAAAGCCAAGAAACCUGCGGCAGCGGCCGCCAAGAAGGCGACUAAAAGUCCGAGAAAAACCCAAACUGUGAAGCCCAAGAAGGCAACCAAGAGCCCCGCCAAAGCGAAGGCGGUGAAGCCCAAAGCGGCCAAGCCCAAGGCCGCGAGAUCCAAAUCUGCCAAACCCAAGAAGGCGACGGCUUCCAAGAAGAAGUAG